AUGGGACAAGACACCAACAUGCUAAACGCCCACCAACAGUUGGUAAGGACCGCAUCGGGGAGACCAGGGCAAGACACACCACAGCAGGCUCCAGGGACGGUCCCAUGUCUGCUCAAGCUUCUCUCAAGCAUCCCCCAAGCUGAGCAGGGGAGUCUUGGGAGCAGUGAUGGUGUAAUUCAGGGCCAGCAGCAGAGGUCUGUGAGCGCGGGGCAGAUGGCAAAGAAGGACCGGAGGCCCAGGGACCGGAACAAGAAGGGGCAAGGCUCUGCUGAGGCUGAGGAUCUGGUCCCCUCUCCUCCUCGGAAACCCUCCUUCCCCUUCCAGUGGGUCUGGGAGAGCUUCACCACAGAUGGCCGGGCUCUGCUUCAGCCGGGCUCCGCCUCGGCCCCUGGCCACCAAGCCCUGCCCUUGCCCCCAGCGGUCCAUCGGCACAAGUCCAGGCGCAAGUCCACGGCCAACAACCCAGAGGCCCGUGGCUCCUGCUGGAAGACAGAGGCGCCAGAUCCGGAGAGGAGACAGCAGCUCAGGGCCUGUAGAUGCAUUCCCAUCCCUCCUGGCAAAGCGGAGGGCCAAGAGCCGGAGCUGCCUGGGAAGAGCUCAGGAUCGGGGCCGGAGGCCGAGCCAGAAGGCCUGGGCGCUGAGGUGGCCGAGAGGGCUCUGAGCCCCGGGGAACCGCCCCAGCUCCCCAGAAGGGGGUCGAUCUUGGAGGAGGAGCCAUUUGCCGAGGCCACAGACGAGGCCGAGGAGGGGGAGCACAGGGUCCCCCAGAGAAGGAGGGCUAGUUCUCCAAGAAAGGGGUGGAAUUCUGGCGAGGAGGCCUGGGACGGGAGUGAACUGCAGAGCCAGGGGAGUGGCUCUGGCUCCAACAACCUCCGAGGACCACAGAGGAGGAGGCCAAGGGCCAGGGAGCUGGAGGGGCCGAGGAACCUGGAGAAGCUGCAGAGGCAGCUGCAGCAGGACUUGGACUGUGAUCCCGAAAAGCUGCCCUGGGAGCCAUCGCGGGCUGCUGUUCAGGCCUCCCGCUGGAACAGGAAGGCCCAUGCCUUGGGAGCUGAUGAGACUUGCCUGUUUGCACACUUCCCUAACCGCACCUUCCACAAACGACAGGAGGCCACCAGAAACCGGCUGCAGGCCUGGGAGCAGCAGCAGCAGGAGAAGCGGCAGCAGGCCGAGCUGCGGCGGGCCCGGGAGCAGCGGCUACAGCAGCGGCUGGCUCAGUGCCUGGCAGCCUACAUACCCAGAGGGAGCCGGGGGCCGGGGGCCGCCCAGCGCAAGCUGGAGGAGCUAAGGCGCCAGGAGCGACAGCGCUUUGCUGAGUACCAGGCAGAGUUGCAAGGUAUCCAGCAGCGGGUGCAGGCCCGGCCCUACCUGUUCCAGCAGGCCAUGCAGGCCAAUGCCCGGCUCACUGUGACCCGGCGCUUCUCCCAGGUGCUGUCGGCACUGGGACUGGACGAGGAGCGGCUGCUGGCUGAGGCAGGAAAGGGGGAUACGGAGGGCACCCCCAGGAAACCCAGGAGCCACAGGUCAGUGGGAGUGAGAACGGAGCACUCUUCUCAAGAGUCCCCCAAAGAAAGAACCCACUGGCAGCCAGCCUGACAAGCACUCCGCCCCAAGCCCAGACCGAGAGUCCAG